AUGGAAGAUAGCGGGAUUGAUAGUGAUCCAAAAAACACUGGUCGUGUAGAAGAUGAGAGACUUUUCUUGGGUAGUGAUAGUAGUUGCAGCAGUAAUCAGACACAAACAUCUCAACACAAUUCUACUACUAAGCAACUACAAAAAAAGCUUGAAGCACGAAUUGAACAAGCAAAACGUAUUCAGCGUAGUUCAGAUUAUAUAAAGUUACAAAAAUAUGACAAAGGAGGUAGUGGUGGUAGCAGUACUACUGGUUUAAUAUCAAUUCAAAGGCUUCCCAUACCAAAUAAAAAUAAAGAACAUCUUCCUCUUGUCGAGUAUUGGCAUAGUGACAGUGAAAGCGAAGGUGAAAUGACCCUCUUCUCAACAUUGAAGUCGAAAGACUCGUCUAAGCACAAACAAGAUUUGACUGAUACAUUUAGCAUUGAAGAAUUAAGCGAAGAAAGUGAGGAUUCUCUGAAUUUAGGACCUGCACAAUCAUCUCCAGAACUAAAGUUUAUGAAAUCUUAUGGAUGUAGUGCAGACUGCUUCCGUUGUCAGUGCCAUAUAUUAUAAUUCACUGUUAUGAAUAUGUUUCAAGAAUAUGGAGGAUUAAUAGUUC